AUGUAUCCCAAUGAAAAAGACACUGAAUUAGGUCAUUUGUAUUUUAUACCAAAGCCACAGAAAACUGGUACACCAUUACGACCUAUUGUCGCUGCAAUUUAUGCACCAGCAAUCUUAGUAUCAAAAUUUCUUGAUGAUAAACUUCGAUCUAUUUUCAAUCAAGUUGCUCGACAAACAAUCUAUAUUAACAGUAUGGAUCUUGUUAAACAGUUAGAAACAUAUCAAAAUUCUGGACACUUACUACAAACGACAAAAUUUAUAACAGCCGAUGUAAAAAAUCUUUAUACUAUGAUACCAAAAGGUGGUGCAUUGGAUGCAUUAUAUCGAUUUUGUAUUAAACAUGGCAAAAAUCGUCACAUUGGCAAUUUACAUGCGAAUACCAUUAUUCGAUUGGCAUGUCUCGUAUUAGAGACAAAUUGUUUUGUUUUUGAUAAUAAAUAUUAUAAAAAAAUUCGUGGUGGUGCUAUGGAAUCCCCAUUUACAAUGACAUUAGCUAAUAUUUAUAUGUAUGAAUGGGAACAAUCCCUAAUACAAUAUGAACACCAACGAAAUGAACUAUACGGCCGAUAUAUUGAUGAUAUAUUUAUGACUUCAAAUGAACCUGAUGAAAACAUUAAAGUAUUACUUGAUCGAGAAAAUGACAAAGAUCCAAAUAUUCGUAUUACUUAUACCAUUCAUGAAUCUGUCAAAUUUCUUGAUGUCCAAGUUGCCAAUGUUCAAGGCCAAUUAAAAACGUCAGUUUUUCGUACACCAGCUGCCGAACCUUACAUACUACCAUACACGUCGGAUCAUCCACGUCAUAUUCAUUCCAAUACAAUCCAAACAGCUUUACUUCGUGCUAUUCGACUUUGUUCAGACAUAGAAAUAUUCGACCAAGAACGAUUAAAUAUUGAAAUAGCCUUACUCUUGAACGGAUAUCCACUAAAUUUUAUUAAAUGUCAUCUUAAACAAUUCUUCAAAACCCAUAAUGCUAUACCAAUCUACCAAGAUUUACAUGGUGAAACCUAUAAAAAAUUACAUCUAUAA